AUGGGCAACUCGAGUCCAGUGGCAGUAUCUACCAAUGACCAAGCAAAUGCGCCAGUUGGUUCAACGCCCACGGUGACGGUGCAGACGCUGGACCAUGGCACCGGUUCGAUGACCCUUGACGAUGAAGAAGAUGGUUCGGGAGGGGGGACUGCAACAGAGGAGGCCUCUUCUUUAGAGACCGGGAAAGAUGGGCAGGACUCAGCUCAAGUGGAGGCAGAAUUGCGGCCUCCACUGCCUCCAAGGCCAUCCCUCCUGAAGCCUGCAAAUCGACCAGGCUCGGCUUAUGCCAGCAAACCUACCACCGGGCUAUCGUCGAUCGAUAUACAGACCCUAUCAUUUCCAGAUGGAUCCCGGGGCACUUUCUCUACUCCGGCUAGUCGAGCGGUAUCAGAAUCGGUGUCUAUAUCUGGUAAUCCUGGAGGGCAGAGGACACUAAGCAGGAAGAUAAGCCGAAAUGGGAGCGAAUUUGACGAUAGUGCAAGUGUCAUGAGCUACGCCCCAACGCUGAAGGCCAAUGGAGAUCUUGCAAGUCUGUUAGAUGAAGGUUUGAGCUCCCAAAGUGCUGCGUGGAAGCUGCUCAGUACUCAAACGGGAUCCGUGAAUGCUCUCGAGGAGGCAGACUACGAGGAUCGAUCCUUGGUCAACUUUGAGCAAGAGUUCGACGAGAUAGAGGCUGUGGAUAACAGUGGUGCGAACGGAGAGGAAGUCCUGCUUCAGUGGAAGUCCAAGUUCAAGCAUUAUCUUAUCUUGUCCUCUGCCGGCAAACCAAUUUACAGCCGUCAUGGUGACCAAAACCUAAUAAACGGAUACAUUGGGAUCAUUCAGACCAUUAUAUCAUUUUUCCAGGGGGCGAAGGAUCCUUUAAUGGGAUUUACAGCUGGAGCCACAAGAUUUGUUGUGUCCAUAGCUGGACCACUAUACUUCGUUGCCAUCAGCAAGCUCGGGGAAAGCGAUGUCCAACUCAGAGCUCAGCUAGACGCAUUAUACAUGCAAAUUCUCUCAACCCUUACCCUACCUACCUUGACUCAGCUGUUCACGAGUCGGCCCAAUACUGAUCUCCGGCGGCCUCUCGAGGGCACGGAAAUUCUACUUUCGUCGCUGGCAGACACGUUCACGAAAGGCUCUCCGACGGCGUUGCUGUCCGCUCUUGAGUGUUUGAAGAUCCGCAAGUCUCAGCGCCUUGUGAUUAAUAAUACCCUCUUGAAAGCUCGAUCAGAGAAGCUUCUGUACGGCAUGGUUGUCGCGGGUGGGAGACUUGUCAGUGUCAUCAGACCAAAGCGACAUUCCCUUCAUCCCAGUGACCUGCAGUUGAUCUUCAACAUGCUAUUUGAAGCCGGCAGCGUGAAAGCCGGUGGUGGAGAGAACUGGAUACCAGUGUGUCUCCCCGGCUUUAACAAUAGAGGCUAUCUCUACAUGUACGUCAGCUUCUUGAGCGCUUUGGAUGAAAAAGGUACAGCAUCCGAGGAGCGGCCAUCGAUAACCAGCACCAGCAGCAGUAGCCGAGAGGACGAGAUAGCCGUUCUCCUUAUCAGCGCGGACAAGGAGAGCUUUUUCGAGCUCAAGCAGAUGCGAGAUGAUGUUGUGGCCCAACUCUACAGCAACGGCAGUAUGGAAAUCAUCAGGACCGCGGUUAGCCAGGGCCGUCCGAGCACUACCGACAUUGUGCCCGGAACCUCCCUACGACAUUUCCUCUACAAGUCACGUGCCAACGUCCAGUUCACCAUGCCAUCAUUCUCCCCCCAUUUCGACACCCUCCUAGCACGAAGGAAGUUGAUGACGCUGUAUCACAACUUACACGCGUCCACCCACGCCAAACACUCCCACCUCAAAAUCCUACACUGCAUGAACCGCGACAGCAUCUCUCUGGCCUGGACCACGCCGACGUUCGAAUUAUAUUGCGUAGCAGGACCGCACGCAUCCCGGGCCGGCCUCGCCCAAGGCGCCAACAAAGUCAUACAGUGGGUGAAGCGCGAGGAAGAACGAGUCUUCAUUAUCGGAGGUGCCGUGUUCUAA